AAAAGACCGGCUUGCCAGCAACAGCGACUUUAUCUGUCAAGUUGUACAGGAAAGGAGCACAGUGUUUUGCUAACGCUACAAAACAAGCCCCAACGUUUCACAGAUUGUGUGCCCAUGAGGUCAUCCAUGCUGGCCCUGUUUCUCGUCCUCCCCAUCAUAGGGGUCUUGUGCAGCGUCACAACAGCGCAACAGGAUGACGACGCCUCCAUCCCCUCUGUGGACCCCAAGCUCUUCAAUAAGCACCGCUAUCUCUCACCCAGGGUGCUUUUCAGCGCAGAUCCCCCCGAUGAGGAGCCAGCAGGGCUACAGRGCAUCAGCGGGAGGAUUCGAAGGCAUCCUCCACAACGGGGGGUGUUCUCGGUGUGUAACAGUGUUAGUAACUGGGUGCAAAACAAAACCACUGCCACAGACCAGGCAGGAAGGGAGGUGACAGUGCUCGAGUAUGUGACCGUAAACAAUGUUAAAGUGAAACAGCUUUUCUAUGAGACGUCGUGUUACAUCCCAUCUGGAGACACGAGAUGUUUGGGAAUUGACGCGAAGAAGUGGAACUCCCACUGCAUGAACACGCAUAUAUACGUCCGAGCAAUGACUUCAUUCGAAUCAACGGUGGCUUGGAGGUUCAUUCGGAUCAACGCGGAGUGUGUGUGUGCGAUCAGCCGCCCUAAAAAGGGCGGGUGAGUGGGUGAGUGAAGACUCGCCCAUAGAGUGAGUCUUCACUCCUGGCACACAGAACACGAUGUGGAUGGACGCAUUAAAAUGCCGUCCAGCGUGUUUCUGCACAUAACUUAUCACCAAUGACUUCUCACGCUCUGCACAAAGUAAAUUAUUCUUGUCUGUGUCAAAGUAUCAGGACUGCAUGUAUGCACACCAGAACUGGGUCAAAGAGUAUCUGCAAGUAGUUUUAGCCAUUGAAGUAUUAACAUGAUAGUGAAGGGGUUUUAAUCAGCUGUUGUUCUUAUAAAAAACGCAGUUUGGUGAGGUACAUGUGUUCUUUUGCAACUAUUAAGGCAUUAGACUUUAUAGUUGUAAAUUAGAAAUGUUCUCCUAGUAAAAACCGUUACCCGUACAGUUUAAAAGAGCUGCAAAACUUGGUCAGUUUGCUACAUUUAUUAGAAUUUAUUGGCAAUCAGAUGUAUAAUAUAAAUUGAUUCCAGAUAUUUAAAAUUAAAGUUAUAUUAUUGUGUGGUGUAAUUAGUCAGUAAAAUAGAGUUGUGUAAAAGAAAUUAGUUUCCUUAUGUUUCUAUGUUUUGCUACAGUUACAUAUUUAGGGCCGUCAAGGAAGUAGAUAACCAAAAUAAAUACAAACACAAAAGUUUAUUUGUAAUGGAAAAACUGUUUACACUAACCUGGUCCUAUGUGAAAAUGAUAUUUCUUCUUAAUAGAUUAUUAAUGCUUGGGAUUAACAACCUUUGAAAUUCAUCUUUUCUCAUUCCACCAAGACUUAAUUACUUACUAACCUGCUCAGUAAAGAAAUAAGCCAUCAGAGGACAGAUUGAGAGAUUUACAGUCAACUGUGAUCUGAAGAAAAUUACAAACAGAUGUUCUUGAUGAUGCCCAAAAUUUGGGGGGAUUUUUUUUUUUUUUUGGACUGAAAGACAAAAGUGGAACUUUUCAGGAAGUAUGCAUCCGUUUACAUUUGGCACAAAACUAAAACGGCAUUUCCACAAAGAAACACGUGAUGGUGUAAAACUUCCUGUUUCUUGAAUAACUUGUUGACUAACAAACUGAUGGCACCAUGAAUUCAUUUUUUUACCAGAAAGCCGGCCAUUUGUUUGAAACGAUAAGCUGAAGUGUCUGCCACUCAAUGGCUGCAAAAACAAAACAAAGAUUUAGGAGUUGGAUAAUUUGUUUGAUAGCUUUAUACGUUUAAAUGUGACAUAAAAGCAAAAACAGAAUAAAAUAUUAGAGCUGUAAAGAUUUUUUCACAUCAUCCCAUCUAUGCAAGUCAUACUGGCUGUUUACCUUGCUAAUGUUUUGCCAUUGAGAUAAGAGAACAAUACUGGAAUCCAACCAGACUUAAACUAAGCAGUGAUUCAGGUUUAUAGCAUUCAAAGACAAAUGACCACAACCCACAAGACAGAACAAUUUUAUGUCUUUCAUAGUGCAUUUUUUUCUCUACUGAAGGAACUGAAUAAUUGUCAGAUGUUUGGAAAGAGAAGUGAACAAUAUUCAGUCGGUUGCAGUUUGGCACUUUACCACAAGAUAUCGCUAAUCAAAAGUAAAUUUAAUGCAAUUUGAAAGUUACAUAUAAGUAGAAUCUCUUGCUAGUUUAAACUGUAUUUUAAUAUUCUCUCUAUUCCAAAUGAUCACUUUUAUAAAACAGCCUUAGUUUAACAGGAACUUUAGUCCUUUCUUAUUGCAAUUGAGUACUUAGUGCUUAAAAAGGAAUUAGGAGGUACUAUCCAGUAACAUUUUCACUGAAUUCAGCUUUCUCCUUACAUUUUGUAUUAUGCUCAGCCUAAUCAAACCACAAAACUACAAUAAAAUUAGCCCCAAACCUUCAGACAGCACAUUUGCCCUGCUGCAAUGUGUAAUUUAAGGGAUUAUUUUUAAGGCCAUCCACAACAUUUUAUAUCGGAAAAAGAAUUACGAUGUGUUAAAUUYCAUAUUAGGACAAAGAAGCGGGCUUGUGGACCCAAACCACAGAUGCACUGUAAACCACAGCUUCUGAAAACACAGCAUUUCAGUUUACAAGUCUAUUUGACUGUAGAUUUACAAAGCAAAGGCUAAAAUUUGUGUUGUUAAUAGCAACUGAGUCGAUCACAGUAAAAGUAAAAAAAUGUUGCGAUCAUUUUUGCCUCACUGUUCACCGUCUUAAAGAAAACGCGUCUAGCUGAGAGAGAUUAAUAAAACCAUUCAGCAGAUACAAUUUAACCCAGGUCUGUUAUAAGCAAUYUGUUAGKUUUUUAAAAGAAUAAAUAAUUAUGUUAUUUAUUAUACRAACAUAAACUGUAUGUUUCAUGAAGUKCUUCCUGCAGCUAUGAAGAAACAUCACAAAMAACURUGAGAUUUGCAGCUUUUGUUAAAAAAUACAGACAAAUGUAUAUGUUUUUGACAGAUCAUGAACUUGAUUUAUUGCUUUGGCUGGUCUUUAUGUUGAUUCUUCUCACCAUCAUUCAACAAUUGGUACAAAUCAAGAAAUAUCUAUUAAAAAAGUUAAACAGCAAAUGA